CGCGAACACCCGUAUUGGCGACCGAUUCACUUGUUACACAGGAUUGGUCGCUGCUGUGAUUUCAGCCGUGGGUCCAAUCCGCAAUUAGCAUUUCCCAAAGUUAGCUCUCACUUCCUGUGCUACUCUGAGAUUUGUUUUUCUGUGUUGACUUUGGAAUUCUUAGAAAUCUGGCAACCCAGUGUAUAGAAUGCGCAAGUGUGCGGAAAGAUCAGGAAUCUGCGGAUAAUUGUGGCAUUUAUUACUUCUCCAGGAGUCAUUUUCUAAAACUUUCGUCAAAAUGUAAGAAAAAGGAUUGCAGAUUCUCCGUCGAGGUUUAAACAAUUACUAUCGUUAACGAGACUUCGGGCUUCGAUUGCUACAGAGACACUGGUGAAAAAAAUUAUAACUACUUCGUGACAACAAAGUCAUUCACAGCUAAUGUCAGGACCUUUGUGGCAUACGUGUGACAGGAUCUAUAAGAAAUAUUAAUGGCGCUAGUUUGUUUAUAAAAUACACAAUUCUUAUCUGGAAUUAAUAUUCGCUGAUAUGGGAGCCAUAUACGACAAAGUAUUGGAUUCGGAUCAUGACUUGGAGGAUUUGGAAAUGCAAGUGGUUCGUUACAAACCGGAAGGGCUUGAAGUUCUGUGCCGGAAGUCCAAGUUCAGCAAGAAAGAACUCCAGAUCAUGUAUCGCGGCUUCAAACAGGUAGAAUGUCCUACAGGAAUCGUCAACGAGGAAACGUUCAAGGAGAUCUAUGCACAAUUCUUCCCACAAGGCGAUUCCAGUGCUUACGCCCACUACGUGUUCAACACUUUCGAUCACGAUCGAAACGGCUCUCUUAGUUUUGAGGAAUUUGUUAUGGGACUAUCAGUAUUAUCUAGAGGAACUCUCCAGGAGCGGUUACAAUGGGCUUUCAAUUUGUAUGACAUUAAUGGCGACGGUUUCAUCACCAAAGACGAAAUGACAGACAUAGUGUCAGCCAUUUACGAGAUGAUGGGGCGCUUCUCAGAACCUAUGAUUGACGAGAACACCGCCAAGGAACAUGUGGAACGAGUCUUUCUCAAAAUGGAUACCAAUCGAGAUGGCGUUAUUACAUUUGACGAAUUUAUGGACACAUGUCGGAGGGAUGAAAAUAUAACCAAGGGAAUGGCUAUUUUUGACACAGUCCUUUAACAAUGAUAACGGUUCCAUCAGAUGUUAGAACCAAAACUCUUUGGGUUGUUUUCUUGCCAAGGUGAUUGAUACAAAAAUAACCUGAUGUUUGUAUGCGGAAUACUGAAUAACAAGAUUGUGGUGGAAACAUUGCCAAAAUAAGCUCACUAAAUCCUUUCCAAGUCCACAAGACCAAUCAAUGUUUGUCCAUAUCUGCACUUCCGGUUUGUUUACAAGGGGGCGGAGCCUGGCAGAUAGAUGCCUUUUGUUCACCGAGAUCUAGUUUUAACUCCAGUAGUGUGGGAGGUUGACGUUUUGACUCCCUUUUAGUUAUGGUUAAGCCUGGAAUCGAAAUAGCCAUGAAUUCUACCAAUCAAAUUUCAUCACAGUAAAUAUUAGUUUGUAGCAUUUUAGCUUAUUGAGCUGCCUGUGCAAAAAGACAUUCGAUUGUUUCAUGGCUUUCUUAAGGCAUGAUCUAUAACAUGCCUUUUAUGGAUGGUGCAAUUCAACGAGUUGUAUUCAAGAAUGAAAUGCAUGUAUUUGAAAAAAAAUCAAAAAAAUUUCAAGAGGGCAUCUUUGCACUGGGCAGUUCAAAUAAAUAUUUAACUUGUAUGCGUAAUAAAACAAGACAUUAUACUCGAUCACAGUAUGAUUUUUUCAUCAUUCAUUGUGGAAAAAAAACAUUUAUAAUUCUUGUAUCAACCUUAUGGUUAGUUGUACGAAUUUCAUUUCAUUUGUUCAGUUGUUAAAUGUCCUUGUUAUAUUUGUUUGAUAGACAAUUAAUUACAAACUCUAUUUAUUAUUUAUCUUUGUUCAGAAUAUUGCUUACAAAUAUUGAGGCCAGUGUACAAUUUCGGUGCAUAUUUGUUGAAUUAUUUAGUGAAAUCAGCUAUAAUGAAACCCUUAAUUUUUUUCUCUCUGGAUGUUCAGACAAGAUUAACUUCAUUGAGAUUUGAAUAGCAGUAAUGCCUCAAGAAAUACAUAUACAAAGAAUAUAGCUUGGAUCUUCUUCAUUAUCUACUCUUUCAACAUGGCCUUUUAACCAGCAAAUCUACUGCAAAAUAUGAUUUGUUAUACCAUGUGAUUGAUUGUUACCAUUGCAUUUGUAAGACUAAAUGUAAUUGGUUGUUACCAUUGUUAGACUAAAUGUAAUUGGUUGCUACGAUUCUGUGAUUAUCAAUAGACAUUCCUACCGUUUACCAUGACAUUAAACUGUAGACAUAACCUAUAACCUUUGUCAAGUUAACCUUUAACCUAUGUAGUAUGUUAUUUAUAAAUUAACCCUUGUGUCAGAAUUAUCAUGAAAGUAUCCCACGUUUCCAUUUCUUUAUCGUUUCAAUGUACUUUUUAAAGUAUUGGAAAUUAUUGUUGCCAAUAAUAAAACGUUCUAAAAGCCA